ACGAAAAAGAUACAGGAAAACAAAAUACUACGAAAACUUUAGCAAGCGACGAAUUGAACUGAAAUCAGUUGCAACGCGUGGAUUUCCGUGUGAAAUGCAGUCUUACGACAGCCCCGACCAUCCAAACAACUUGCACAAAGCGGAGCAGCGCGCGGUUUUCGCCUAUCCGGCGACACAUCCUUGGCUGCUCGAUGGCAUGCCGUGGAUGCUAGCGACAACGAAUGCCCCACAGCCUGGCGGCGUCAUGCAGUUCGGCUCGAAUGCCAACUACAAUAGCAGCAUUGAGGCUGAUCCACAAUGCGGCAAGUGGCAGCAGAAACGCAAAUCUAUCGAGCAAUUCGCCUCCGCGCUGCCGACAAAACAGCUGAUCACCGAGGAGCGCAUAACGGCACAUUUCAGUGGCCUGCAAAUCUCUGGGGAUGCGAACGGUGUUCGCGCUGGUCGCAAUGCCAAGAACAAUAACAGUGGCACAACGGUGAAUGGCGGCCUGGCCACCGAUGAUAUACCAUCGACGAGCACCGGUAAAACACAUCAUCCGAAUCCGGCCUAUCAAAUGGCAGCCAUGGAAUUGGAACAGAAACUGCGCAAUGCGAAUCGCAUCGUUAUCUGUGAUGAACUGAAACAGGGCGUCACGAGUCCCAGUGUGGCCAGUGUGGCGUGUGGCGGUGUCAUUCCUCCCGAGUGGCUGGUCAAAUCGAUACCGCGUCCAUGCACCGCUCUGGUGCCGUGGCAACCCCCGCCACUCCAACUCCAGCUGGCCAAGGAGGAGGAGCAGUCAUCGGCACGGGGGGCACGCAGUGCGGCGGCGGCGGCUGCUGCAGGUGUUGCAGCUGCUGCAACAGUCGACCUCGAUGAUUAUGAUGAUGAGCUGCAGUUCUUUGAUAAUAACAAUACAUGCAAUGUAAAUUUAAAUAAGUCUGAUGAGCAAAUGGAUGAGGACCUGUAGCAGAGGGGAGCAAGCUGAUUGAUAUAUGUUUAGUGCUAGUUUUAGAAGCAUUUGUGUGUUUAUAAUUUGAUUAAUUUUUACAAAGAGUAUAUAUUCUUAAUCUAUUCAUAUACAUAUAUAUUAGGUGUCCAAAUUUCUUUCACCAUUUUGAAUCACAUUAAAAACUAAUAUGUUAAAA